AUGCCUGCGCCAGGCUAUGUCUUCCGUGAUGGCGGAGCCACACCACCAGCCGAAGAGAAUCCCGACUCGGAGUUUCGCCAGAGGAUCACGAAGGCCACAAACCCAGUCACUGUCGCGGCAAGUUCCAAUGCUCCGCUGGCUCAGAACACAACCACAAGUCAUGCGUUAGCAACAGGCGCCCAGGGCGACCAUGAGGUCGCAGGUGCUGUGCAGCGAGCCGGUAAGAAGGACACAACCAGCAAUCUAGGAUGGCAAGCCAACGGUGUGGACACAGAUACUUUGGUCGGCGGGCUUCCCAACGAGGAGCUGUGGACGCUACAAAUGUACCAUGUGAAAGCCAUACCCGAACAACCUCCCGGGGGACUGGAUCUCAACAUCGCAGAAGAGGAUGAGUUCUCUCCGGACAAGUUACGGUCAAACAUUGAGCGGCUUUAUAUGACUGUCAUCGUCGGAUUGAUUGCCUUUGGUAAACACAUUGCCAGAUUGAGGUCGUGGCGGGAACCACGCCGAACCGCUGCCUUUGCCGCCGUCUACUUCACUGCGUGGCUGUUCAAUUUCAUCGUGCCGACCUUGGUCACCAUGAUCAUCGUCCUCAUCACCGUCCCUCAGUCUCGAGAGUUCCUCUUUCCACCUGCACCUCUCGCUCUGGUCAGCCACAAGACGGGCGGUGUGCAGAAACCCAAGGCAGGAGUGUUAGGCAGUCAUGAUAGUGUCACUGGAGCGCCAGAGAAGCACAAGGGCGAGGCGGUCGAGCAAGAAGCAAGCAACCUGGUUUCCGGGAUUGCUUCGGUUGCCAUCUCCAGCGCUGCUGGUCGUCACGACCAAUCAAGCCCAGAUGAACAAGGUGGUAGCAAAACCCUUGAUAAGGGAAUGCCUGACCCGACCAAGAUAGCUACGGCCACGGCCGAUGCUUCCUCGGCAGCUCAAGGCAGUGAUGCAAACGCUGUACAUGACAAGACCAAGCAGCCUAUGGAAGAGGCUGUCUGGGGGCAGGUCCGUCCGGUGAUGCACGCCCUUGGGGAGGUUUCAGAUAUGUGGGAGCGUUUCGCCAACGCUUUGUCGCCUACACCGCCCUUCUCGCAGAAAAACCGCCUGCAACUCGGUGCCAUCUUUGUGCCCGUCCUGCUGAUCUCUCUUGUCACACCCGCACAAUGGGUCAUGAAGGGUACAACCUUCCUGGUCGGCUUCGGAUUCUUCUCGGACCCCUUGAUCAUGCGCGGCAUCCACUGGCUGAACGAGAAUAUCCCCGACUGGCCGAAAUACCUCGAGAUCCGGAACACCCUCCUCAGAGGAGUCCCCACCAAUGCUCAACUUACCAUCACGCUGCUGCGCAUUGGCGAGGCAAAUCGUGCUCCUCUACCGCCACCACCCAAGUCUCACGAGCCACCGGCAGACAAGCCGGCCGAAAUCGACAAGCAUGCCAUCACGGAAGGCGGCCUGGACGCCUCACAUGCUGAGAUUGAGGAUGUCAUCACGGUUGAUCAACCCACCGGUACUGAACCUCCUGAACCUCACGACGCGAAGAAGAAAGGCGGUUUCGGGGCUAAGAUCCUCGGCGCAUUCAAGUCCACCACAGCUGGAGCAGUUGAGACGAAACUCACUACCGACACUGUGAAGGCGACGCUGGGUUCGAAACACGCAGCAGAUAAACUGGGUGUCUUGCCCUCUCGGAAGGAACUGAGGAAGAAGCAGCGAGAGGGACCCAUCGAGUUCAAAGCGCGGUACAAGGGCCGCAAGGGCGCGGUCUACGUUGACAGCUCGGUCUCGCCGCCUAGUGGCAAGAGACCUGCCUCCCCGUGUGUAUACUUUACGACGCACCUCGACGGCGACGAAGUAGUGGAGAGUAUGCCUCGCGAUCCUGACUGGGCUAUCUCCAUAGCCGACAUUGCGGAAGUCAAGAAGAUUGGUGGGUUAGGAUGGAAGGGCAAGAUUGUGGUCGGAUGGGCGACGGACCGAGAAGUCAAAGACGGAAUUGAGAUUGUGUCCAAGGACGGUGCGAGGUAUCGUGCCAUGGCGAUGAAGGAGCGGGAUGAGCUGUUCAACCGUCUCGUGGCAAUGGGCCAGCAGAUUUGGGCUAGUUAUUAG